AUUAAGAGAGGCCAGACAACAACCUAGCACCACCAUCACCGGAGGGCGUCACCGACGACGGUGGUGGAAGGGUAGAAGAAACCGCAAGGCUCUUUUUCCUAUCUAGAAAGAUGGGUCAAGGGCUGAGUUGUGGAGCGAGUCAAGAGAAUGUAUUGCUUAGUGCGGUUCAAGUUGGAGACCUUGAAACUGUGGAAGCUUUAUUAAAGAGAGAAUCAAAUCCUUUACAUCAUAGAACUGUUUAUGAUCGCAACUCUGCUCUUCACAUAGCUGCUGCUUAUGGCCAGAUCGAGAUUUUGAACAUGCUUUUGGAGAAAUCCGUGAACCCGGAUGUAGUGAAUCGUCAAAAGCAGACUCCACUUAUGUUGGCUGCAAUGCAUGGGAAGAUCUCCCGCGUGAAAAAGCUCAUUGAAGCUGGGGCAAAUAUCUUAAAAUUUGACUCCAUUCAUGGAAGAACUUGCUUGCACUAUGCAGCCUAUUAUGGUCACUCCGACUGUCUUCAAGCGAUCCUCUCUGCCGCUCAAUCCAGCCCUGUUGCUGCUUCAUGGGGAUAUGCACGUUUCGUGAAUUUAAGAGACGCAAAGGGAGCUACUCCCUUGCACUUAGCAGCUCGUCAAAGGCGGCCUGAAUGCGUACAUAUCCUGUUAGACAACGGCGCUCUCGCUUGUGCCUCAACCAGUGGAUAUGUUUGUCCUGGAAGCACGCCUCUUCAUUUAGCAGCUAGAGGGGGGUCUCUCGAUUGUGUCCGCAAGUUGUUGGCUUGGGGUGCGGAUCGUCUUCAAAGAGAUGCAUCCGGGAGAAUACCCUAUGUAGUUGCUUUAAAGCACAAACAUGGAGCAUGUGCAGCUCUGUUAAAUCCUUCAUCAGCCGAACCUAUUGUCUGGCCAGCACCGCUAAAGUUCAUCAGCGAGCUUAACGAGGGGGCAAAAACACUAUUAGAACAAGCCUUAAUGGAGGCAAACCGGGAAAGGGAGAAGAACAUCCUCAAUGGAACAACUUACUUACUUACUUCUCCCUCGCAUUCCGACUCCGGGUUAGAGGACAGUGUUUCCGAGGCUAGUGAUACCGAACUAUGCUGCAUAUGCUUUGAACAAAUCUGCACAAUUGAAGUUCAAGACUGCGGCCACCAGAUGUGUGCACAAUGCACACUGGCACUGUGCUGCCACAACAAGCCGAACCCCGCAACUGCAAGUCUAACACCCCCGGUAUGCCCCUUUUGCCGGAGCACCAUCGUCCGGUUGGUGGUAGCCAAGACAAAGAACCGCGAUGAAGCCGAUCACGACAUCGGAGAUGUUAGUUCCUCGAAGAUGAGAAAACCGAGGAAGUCUAGGAAUUUCAGUGAAGGAAGCAGCAGCUUCAAGAGCCUCUCUGCGGUUGGUUCGUUUAGAAAGAUGGGUGCCCGAGGCUCCGGAAGGACUGCUGCUGAAAAUGAAUCGAUGGAUAAGCCUUGAAAAACCAUGGCACUUGAAAGUAUCCCAAGCGAGGUCAAUCAAAGACAUCCCCUUUCACAUGAUGGGAGAAAAAAACAAAGCAAUCAUGCCCAGUGGUGGACCCAUAUAUAUAUAUUAGAUAGAGGGGAGGUCCAUUUGCUUAUGUAGAUUUUGAGGGAAAAAUAAGUAAAAGAAAUGAGUUGCAGGUUUAAGUUGAUAAGCUUGCCGAAAGCUUCAUCGGGUCAUGUAUUUGUUUGCUCUAGAUUAAAGUAGCAUUGCUCUUGAGAAAAAAAAUAUUCCAAAAAUAAAAGAUUUCCCCCCUUUUCUUCUCCUAGAAGGUGACUUUCGA